UAAAACAGGAAGUCAUGUGGAUGGUGCAGUUAUAUUAUAUUAUAUGUAGGGUGAUGUCGAGUCGAGCAUACUUUGUGAAUGCUAUGUAUUUUCUCGUGGAAAUCGUGACUUUUAUUGUUGUACAUAUAUUAGCUCUUUUCUAUGGCUGUCUGAUGCUGCUAAAAAUCAUCUGGACUAUUGCUAGAAAUCCUUUAARCUUACGAAGAAUCAAAAGGUAUAAAGUUCCAGAAUGCCUCAUUAAUCAUGAAUAUGGUGAACAUCAUUUUAUCAAAAUCCCUUCCAAAAUGGUGUUCCAUUAUGUUGCCAAGGGUGAUGACAACAAACCACUAAUGCUAUGCCUACAUGGGUAUCCAGAGUUUUGGUAUUCUUGGAGAUAUCAGCUUCAGGGACUUAGUGAUGAGUACCGAGUGAUUGCUAUGGAUUUAAGAGGGUAUGGUGAGACAGAUCAUCCAGAAGGAAGGUCAAUGUACACAAUGGACAUAUUAACUCAAGAUGUUAAAGAAGUUAUAUCAAGUCUAGGGUAUUUGUCUUGUAUCUUGGUGUGUCAUGACAUGGGAGGAUAUAUAGGAUGGACUAUAGCUCAUCAGUAUCCAGAGGUUGUUGAUAAACUUAUUCUUCUCAGCUGUCCACACCCCAUGUGUGCCGAUAAAUAUACUAUCACUCACCCGUCACAGUUAAUGAUCAAAUCAUGGUUUGUCUUCUUUUUUCAGCUGCCCUACAUUCCCGAACUAUGGAUACGUUUGAAUGAUUUUGCGUAUCUGAAUGAUGUCUUUAGAGGGCAUGAGCUGGGCGUCAGGAGAUCUGGUGCUAUAACCGAUGAAGAUAUUGAGGCAUACAAGUAUGCCUUUGGAAGAAAAGGAGCAGUGACCGCACCUCUGAACUACUUUCGAAAUUUGCUAAACAGACCAUCAGGAUCCCAUGUAAUCUAUAACCGCCGAUUUAGAAAGCCAGUGCUUAUUAUAUGGGGCACCGCAGAUGGAGCUCUGGAAUCUGGCAUGCUUGAAGGAACAGAGCGCUUUGCACCAAACCUUACAAUAAGAUAUGUAGACGGAGCAUCGCAUUGGGUACAGCAGGAAGAGCCAGAGAUUGUUAACGACUGUAUUCAUGACUUUCUGACUGCAAAUUCCUAUGAAUUAGUUUAUCACUCAGGAUAGACAAAUAAGGACACUUGCAUCAUGAUGUAAUUAAGUACAAUUAAUUAACACCAAUAUGCCAAACUUUUCAAUCAGUGGCAAUUUCCGGCAAUUCUACUUUUAAAUGAAAAUUUGUUUAAUUCCUUGAAAUCUUAAUUCUAUUUGCUAAGUUGAAACUCGAAAUUUAACGCUUUUUUUAUAGCGUUUAUCAACACACUUUCGAACGAUUUGGUCGACAUCUUGUACGUUCAUUCUCUUGAUAUUGUUGUUUGCACAAACCAAUUGCAACCUCACAUUUCUUUCCGAAAAGGCUCUUCAAUUCUGGAAAGGCAUCACUUAGAUAUUUUUCUAUCUCUCUGUGAGUAGUAUUAUCUUUAACUAAGUCUAUUAUGGUUUGUUUGUUAGCUUCUAUGUACUCCAUAAUGGCGCCAAACAGAUGGUUGCAGCUCCCCUCCGCGAAUUGACGAAGACGAAUUUGGAAAAAGCUCCGUCUUUUUAUCAAGUUUUAAGAAUAUAUUAAACUUUAAAAAUAGAUACAAUGUCAAAUUCUUUUGUUGUUCAUCGCAGUUUAAAAGUACUGAUGUCUUUUGUUUUCAAAUGAAAAAUAGGGUGAUUUUUAAACUUGUCAAAUCAAAAUAGAAUAAAUGAAAAGCGUUAAAUUUCGAGUUUCAACUUGGCAAAUAAAAGUAAG